GUUGUCUUUUGGCUUGUUUUGCCACCACAACAGCUUGUUUCCUUCAUACGACAUUUUUCACUUAGUGUCAACAGGAAGACAAGAACAUGGAAUCAGCCUCUUCAGCACCCACACAGGCUUCAUCAGCCCCUUCAACAUCAGUACCAGGCACUUCUAUACCUGCUGCUACUACCACCAAUGCUACGAGCAGCACUCCUGGAAAUGAUCCAACAGCAGAACAAACACCCAUGGAGGACAUUGUUUCGAACAACGUAGUGACUGCAGAGGCAAUCGCUCGUCAGAAUCAGACAGUCGUAGAGGAAUUUCAGUAUCUGCUCGAGAAAAGUCAACACUUGUUUGCCGGAUUAAGAGAUUUGCCACCUACAGGAGCAAAGCAAUGGCAGCCAUACUUUCAGAAGACAUUUGAGAUCUUUUCAAAGCUAUGGCGAUUUCAGCAGCAGAAUAGAUUUGUGCUUGAAAAUAGUUAUGGACUAAAGCGGUGGGAAGUCGGAGAGAUUGCGUCCAAAAUCGGACAACUGUAUUAUCAUUACUAUUUGCGCACAAGUGAAACAAACUACUUGCAGGAGUCAUAUAUUUUUUACGAUGCUAUUCGUGAAAGACGCUACUUUAGCGAAAUUUCCGAAAUGAAAAGCCCACAAUUAAUGAUUAAGAAGCUUCGAUACUAUGCAAGAUUUACUGUUGUUUGCUUGCUGCUUAACAAUCGCGAUAUCAUCUCCACUCUCAAAAAGGAGCUUGAGGCCCUUGUUAAUGAGUAUAUUACUGUUUACGCACCCUCAGACGCUAAAGAAUGGAACCUAGUUGUUCAGGAAGUCAAGUCCUUCACUGAUGCAGAGAAAAAACUUCAUCCGGUCAGUUCAGCUGGAUCAUACUUGCCUGUGACAAGGCGCCUACAGACCAGCAAAGCCAUUUCUGCGGCAUUAGAUAAAGAAGGGCCCACGUCUACAAAACUCAGGCUCCAGGAAGCAAUCCUUGUAGGGAAUUCUGAUCAGAUUAAAUUUUCUGAGUUGACAAUUGAUAUGUAUCGUAUAUUGCAAUCACUUGAGCGAGAGACCCAAACAAGGGGUAGCACCGAUACGACUGCAAAGGACACCGCGCCCAGCGCUGUCGCCACAGCUGUUGCUGCAGGCGCUGCGAAUGAGACUAGUAGUAGUGGAGCGAAUCCACCCAUUAAAGAAGAGCCUUCAGAAGAUACAAGCAUCCCACAACGAAAGACUGCAGAAAAGAUUAUUAAGCGACCGAAUCCGCAUAAGUACCUACUAUAUCGACCUACGCUGAGUCAGAUUAUGCUUUAUCUUGCUACAGCAUUUAAGGAAGUAUCUAGUGACGGCGCGCUGCUUAUUUACUUCUCAGCAAUUGGGUCAAAGAGAUCUGUGCCAGAUCUUUCAGGCGCCAAAGGCUAUCGUGGAGGAAUUGCGACUUACUCUCGUAAGGCAUUAGACAAUUCUGAUCCUGAACAGCAGAGUAUCAGUCACUGCCUUCACCCAGGAGAUUUGCUUCCAUUCACGCGGAAGCCAAUGUUUUUAAUUGUUGAUAGUGACAAUAGCAGCGCGUUUGCAGAAAUACCUCGAGUGUUUAAUCAUCCAUUCAUGAGUUUGUUAUCGCCAACAGAGUACCCUCCUUCCAUCCCAGAUCCGACUCAAAUUGGCGGGCUGUUCACAUUAUUUUUACAUGCCCCAUUGCUUGCUUUCAGUUUCAUAUGUGGGAUUGACCGGAUCAGUCCGGAGACAUGGGAGCAAUGUUCAGGAUUGGUUUCGCAGGCAGAAGGAAAGAUUGCAGAAUUGAUGGCUGCACCAACAUUGGAUAAAUCUUUGCGACGUUUCCUACAAGACGAAUUCCUUCGCCAGUUCAUGAUCCGGUUUGCUUUAUGUUAUAUUAUUCUUAAAGCUCAUGUUGCCUUUACUGAGCCCAAGUAUCUCCCGAUGUCUUAUCCAGCGUUACCAGCAUCCGUUCUUGAGUCAGCAGAUGUAUUGACCAAGAUUCGUUCUAUGGCUAUCUUGGCAAACGCCAGCUGCUUCUCGUUUGAUGAGCCAGCUGCAACUGCAGCGCCUGAAAACAAUACUGAUAAUAAUAACACCGACAAUAAUAAUAACGCAUAAUCAAAUUUUAUAGGAUGACACAUACUCUCGAAUAAAAACAAG